UUUGCUCUACUCCAAGGUCCAGCUCUGGCUUGCCGUCCUCCGCGCGUACUCCACGCUACUGGAUCUCUAGCUUGCUCGUACGGGAUCUCUACGGGAUCUCUGUACUCCACGCUACUGGCUUGAGCCAUGGCAAAGAAUGUUUCUAGGGCAGCUUGGAACACUGUGUAUGAGAAAGGUCUGGUUGAUGUGCUCCUUGAACAUAAGGACAACCCAAAGUUCAAAAGUCAAAAUGGUUGGACUGCUGAGGGAUGGAACAGUAUCACAAACAAGUUCAAUGAGAGGUAUCCUCUUGCCCAUUACUCCAAACAGCAAAUGCAAGACAAAGAUAAGGAGCUUAAAUCUCAUUACAAGGCAGUAAGAGAUUCAAGGAAAGAAAGUGGGGUGGGUUGGAAUGAUUCCCUAUGUAUGAUAGUUGCUGAGCCAGAACUUUGGGAAAAGCUCAUCCUUGCUCACCCAAAGGUAGCGAAGUACCAAAAGAAGCCAUUUCCAUUGUACUACUCUUUGGAAGCCCUCCACGAAGGUAGUGUGGCCACAGGAGAUUUGAAUUUCACAUCCACUCAGCAAAUGCCACCUCCUUCUUUCAUUCAUGUUCGUCCUCUUAAUGCCCCUCCUGGUGGCCCUCUUGCUGCCCCUCCUAGUGGCCCUCUUGAUAUAGCUUUCGCUUCUGCUACAGCUCAUUCGAACAGGAGUACCUCUGAACAAAGCCACUCUCCCUUGCACCCCAACACAAACCCAUUCUCCAUGGAUUUCCAAGAAAUAUCAAAUGAAGCUCAAUCAAGACAUGUAGAAGGUGGAAAUGGGAGAAAGCGCAAGCAAAGCCAAAUUGGAGCAGCCAUUGAAAGUUUUGUGGAUUUUAAGAGGAGCGCCACAUCCAAAACGCUCGAAGGUAUUGAAGCAGUGUCUAUGGAAAAGUGUCUAGACAAGUUGGAUAGAAUUGAUGGGUUCACAGAUGAGGAUAGAUCAUAUGCAAUGGAGGUCUUUGAAUCUGCGAUAAACCGAGAGGUGUUUAUGAAGUCAAAAAACCACAAUGCUAGAUUACUUUGGUUGAAGAGGAAAAUUAGUGCUUGUAGAGCGCUCACUACUAUCAUGUGAUGUGAGGUGAAUGUGGCGAUGAAGAGAUAGGCUUACAGGUAUUCACUGAAUAAAACAAUACGCUUG